AUGGACCUUUGUACGGUCAAAUCGCAUCAUGUCCCUAAUCUCACUAAUGGUACUGCAGCGGCAGAAUGCUCUACGCCAACACCUUCCACGUCGAGGAGACGAAGAAUUACUCCACUUGAGCGAGUGGUAGCCAAUGGAGAUGACGAUCUCGGAUUCGCUGAGAGGUCAUUCUCAACUCUCCGUGGCACUAGUCAUUCAGAUACGACCUCAAAUGCUGAUGAUAACAGUGGUACAAACGAUCCAAGGAAUGAUAGUCUUCACCCUCAAUAA